UUCUUCCCUGACAUAGACAAGGUUCGCUACGAAGGGCCGUCGUCCCGCAACCCGCUCGCCUUCAAGCAGUAUGCCGAGGACGAGGUUGUGGCCGGGAGAACGAUGAAGGAGUGGCUAAGAUUCAGUAUUGCGUACUGGCACACAUGGCGCGGGAACGGCGGCGACAUUUUCGGACUCGACGGCACCAUCAACCGACCGUGGGAGGACAGAGCGCUCAGCGAGAUGGACAUGGCGCUGCGGCGGGUGGACGUCAACGCGGAGUUUUGCGAAAAGGUCGGCGCACCGUACUACUGCUUUCACGACCUUGACGUCCGGCCCGAGGGCGCAACGCAGGCCGAGUCCGACGCAAACUUUGACAUCAUCGCGGAACGGCUGGGCGAGGUCCAGGCGGCGAGCGGCCUCAAGCUGCUUUGGGGGACCGCAAACCUCUUCACGCCGCGCCGGUACAUGAAUGGCGCCGCCACGAAUCCGGACCCGGCGGUGUUCGCGCGUGCUGCGGCCUCGGUCAAGAAGUGCCUCGAGGUGACGCACCGGCUGGGCGGGGAGAACUACGUGCUCUGGGGCGGCCGCGAGGGCUACCAGUCGAUCCUCAACACGAACGUGCGGCUCGAGCUCGACAACCUCGCCCGCUUCCUCUCGAUGGUGGCCGAGCACAAGCACAAGGUCGGCUUCCGCGGC